AUGGACCUGGUUGGUUUUGGUUAUGUAGCCCUUGUGACAUUUGGAUGCAUUUUAGGAUAUAAGCAGAGAAGUAGUGUUCCCUCUUUGAUUGUUGGCAUUGUUGAAUUUUUGGCAGGCUAUGGAGCUUACCAUGUCUCCACGGACAAAUGAGAUGUUAAACUAUUGCUACUUACAGCUUUCCUCAUGGCUACCAUAAUGGGUGUGAGAUUUAAACUUUCAAAAAAUAUGCCUGUGGGGCUGUUUGCAGGUUUAAGCCUCAGGAUGAUCCUGAGAUUUGCUUGUCUCACUGUUGCUGUGAACUUCCAGAAGGGCUGA